AGUUCAGAUUGUAGACUCAUACCACGGGUUCUUUCUCUUGUUAAUUUUUUUUUAGUCAUUGAAAAUAGACAAAGAAACAAUAAACAGAGAUAAACUAUAAUAACCCCCAUUUUAUUUUUUUUUCAAAGUAAAAACGUAAUAAAUAAAAAUAAAUAUUUUAUAAUAAAUAAUAAUAAUUUCAUUGUUGUAUUUUUAAUAAUUUUUUUCUACAUAUUUUAUAAAUAUUAUCUAAAUCAAUAGUAUUUAUUUGCUGUGUUUUUGACCAUUAGUUGCAUUUUUUUUUUUCUCCAAAGCUCAAUAUAGGGUUAGUGGUUUGAAGAGUUUGUUGUUUGAUUCGUUCGUACAACGUCGUUUUUUUUUUUUUUUUUUUCUCGUUUUUUCUAUUUCUUGUCCCGGCACGGAGUUAACCGACAUCCCGGCAUUCAGGGCAGCUCAACACGAGGUCAAGACAACGAAAAAUACACCAUUAAUUUACAAUUAACCAGGAAGCCUCAUUUAAAAAGUAUAAAAACUUUAAAAGUCAAAAUAUAUUUAAAUAUAUAUAAUAAAAUAUCAAUUGAGAUAUUUUAUUGUGAAGGAUAUUUUGUUGUUAAAAUUAAAUAAUUGAUAUAAAAGAAAUGGUCAUGGAGGCAACACCCUCUGCACAGUCUGUUGGUCGUGAGUUUGUUAAGCAAUAUUACACAUUGCUUAAUAUAGCACCACAUCAUCUUCACAGAUUCUAUAAUAAUAAUUCAUCAUUUAUACAUGGUGGAUUAAAUGCAAUGGAUCGUGCUGCACUUCCAGCAAUUGGACAAAAAGAAAUUCAUCGUAAAAUAACUGAACUUGAAUUUCGUGAUUGUCAUACUAAAAUAACUCAAGUUGAUGCACAAUCAACAUUGGCUGAUGGUGUUGUUGUUCAAGUUACUGGUGAAUUAUCAAAUGCUGGUGAACCAAUGCGUCGUUUUACUCAAACAUUUGUUCUUGCUGCACAAGCACCAAAAACUUAUUAUGUACAUAAUGAUAUAUUUCGUUAUCAAGAUCUUGGUAUUUAUGAUGAAGAAGAAAAUGAACCAGGACAAAGUGAAACAAGUGAACGUGAAAUUGAAGAUGUACGUUCUGAAAAUGAUGAUGAUGGUGGUGGUAGUAUUGCUGUUACUCAUCAUGUGACAAAUGUUGUUCAAACAUUACCAGAACAACAAGUACAACAUCCAUCAAUUAUUCAAAAUCAACAACCUAAUAUUACACAUGUUUAUUAUCCACCACCACAGCAACAACAACAACAAGUUCAUCCAAAUAUGCAACCAGUUAUCAAUGGUUCUAUUCAUGAGGAUAGUCCUCUAAUGAAUCAACAACAACAACCACAACCACAACAGUUACCACCACAACAACAACAACAACAACAAGCUCCAAUUUUGACUCAGCAAGUUGAACCACAACCACCACAACAACAAGUACCAUCUGUUGUACCAACAUACGAAAACGAUACAAUUAAUCAAGAACAAUUUAUUCAGGAAACUGAAGUAAUUACUGAAAAACCAGCACCAGUUGGUAUUGUUAAUGAUGAAGUUGUUGUAAAUACAACAAAUGAUGAUGUUGUAUCACAUGAAAAUCAUCAAAAAAUUGAUAAUUUCCAAGAAAAUAUUGUUGUUGAAAAAAAUCAACCACGACACAAUAGUGUUAUUACAAAUAUUCAACCAAUAAAACCAAUGUCAUAUGCUGGUAUGAUAUCUGGUAAUAGUUUACAACAAUCAAAAACAGCAGCAAUGUUACCAAGAUUGAUGAAUGCAACACGUAUUGAUGAGCAACGUACAUCAACAAUUGCCCAAUCAAAUCAAAAUACACAAUCAGCAGCAACAACAACAGCAACAACAAAUUCAACAUCGUCUUCCAAUCAACAAAAUCAACGUUUAUCAAAUCAAUCAUCAUCACAACGUGAACAACGUGAACAACAACAACAACAACAUCAACAAUCAUCAUCACAAAAUCGUCGUGAUAAUCAACAACAAUCACGUGGUGGACAAGGUGGUCAAGGUUCAUAUGCAAAUGCAAUGCAUAAAGAAAAUAGACGUCGUGAUUGGCCAGAUCAUCAUCAAUUAUUUGUUGGUAAUGUACCACAUCAAGCAAGUGAAUCUGAAUUGAGAAUUAUAUUUGAACGUUUUGGUAAAGUUGUUGAUUUACAUAUACAUUGUAAAACAACUGGUGGUAAAGGUCCACAAGGACAAAAUAAUUCAACAAGAGUACCAAAUUAUGGUUUUGUAACAUUUGAAGAUUAUGCUGUUGUUGCUAAAGUUCUUGAAGCCCUCCCAAUAUGUUACCCAGAUGACAAAGGUCUUAAAUUGAACAUUGAAGAAAAAAAAAAUAAACCAAGAGGUCCAGGUGAAGGUGGUAACAUGAGAUCAAACACAAAUGAAGGAAAUGUAAGGUCGUCAAUGGGUGGUGGACAACAACAACAGCAACAACAACAGCAACAACAAAGAGGACAAGGUGGACCAGGUGGUUCAAUGAGAGCUGGUGGACAACAUGGUGCACGAGUUAAUCGUGGUGGUUUUUCACGUACUGGUGAUCGUGAUGGUAAUCGUGGUCCAAGACAACAAAACAACAUGGCUGGUGAUGGUGGUGCACCAAACUACCAAAAUCGUCGUUAAAAUAAUAACUAAAUGAAAAAAAAAAAAAAGAAAAAACAACAAUAAAAUGCUUUGACAUUUUAUUUUACAACAAAAUCCUCAUUGCCAAAUUAUAUUCUUCAAAUAUUGAAGAUUAUUUUGGAUUUAAAUCCCAUUGGUUAAGUAAAAAAAAAGAAAAAAAGAAAUGACAAAUACAAAAACAAAAAAAAUAAUAAUAAAUUUAAUGGCCGAAAUAUAAAAUCUAUGUGGUUUUAAAUGAACAUUAAAAUAUGUUUAUUUAAAAAAUAAUAAUUCAGGGUUCCAGAAAUAUUAUUCAGAGUGCUUAAUUAGUUUAUAUAUUAUAGAUUUGUUUUGUUUUUUAAGCAGUCAAGUUCAUUAGUCGUGUCCAAUCGUUUUUAUAUAAGUUAAAUUAAAUAAUAUAUAAUAAUUUUUUUUUUUUUUUUUGUUUGUUCAAUUGUAUUUUUAAAAAAUAAUUAUUAUAAUAAUUUCUGGAGCUCGGAAAUAAUAGAUUAAAGUCUGCUUGUAAUUCUAAAUUUCAAUAAUUAUUUUUUAUUAUUAUUUAAAUAUCAAUGUCCGUCAAUGAAAAAAAAAAAAAUAAUUAAAAAUUAAAUUAAUAAUAAUCAUGACGGUCAAUGUCAAUUUAUUAUUUUUUCAAAGAAAUGAAAAUAGACCAAUCAUUAUUAUAUGAAAAUAAAAAAAAAACAAAAAAAUAAUAAAAAAGAAUAAUAAAAAUUAAUAAAAGCUUAAUCAACAUUCCUUCUGCAAAUCAUGUGCCAAUGUAUCCUUUUUAAUUGUUCAAUUUUCAUUUCUUUUAAAUUGACAGAUAUUUAAAUGAAAAAAUAAUAUUUUUUUUUUGUCAAAAUAAAACCAAAAUAUCAUUUAAUUGAUACGAAUAAUAAAUGCCAUAGAAUUAUCAACUGAUUUAUGAUGCACGUAGUAGACUUGCACAUUUAGAAAUUAUUUUUUUUCUUUUCUUUUUUAAAAGUAUAUGUAUAAAUUAAAUAUUUUGUGGAGUUUUGAUUUAGAUCUUACGGCCUUUUUUUUUUUGUUUCCUUUUUUAUUAAAAAAAAAAAAAAAUCAUGUUAAAUUUGAAAAUAAAAAAUUAGUAAGCGACACAAUUUAAUUAGGUAAUUAAUUGUUCCGUCAAAAGAACUGCCGUAAUAUGUCAAUCGACCGGAAUCGACUGAUAAAUCAUCAAAAAAAUAAAAAAUAGAAAAAAAAAAAAUCCUCGACUGCGGCUGGUCUCGCCGUUUUGAUCAUUGAUCCACCAAAUAUUUUUUCAUCCUUGUCCUAAUAUCUUCCCGUCAUCUCUCCAUUGUCUCUCUUUCCUCUUCCAAUUCCAGCUAUAUCGUAAAUAAAUUAACAACGUAAAAUAAAAUCUAAAAAAAAAACGAAAAAAAAAAAUGUAAAAAUAAUAAGAAAAAUUCCUCACAAUCGCAAUUGUCAUAGAAAAAUUCCUCUUUGCCAUAAAAAUUUAAAAUUUUGUUUUUUCAUUAAGUAUCUGUAUGACAAUGAAAAAAAAAAGAAAAUAGUUGAUAAUUUGCAUUCUCGAUUCGUCGUUUAUUUAUAAAAUAAAAAAAUGACAAACAACCAGAUUUUUAUAGUCUGAAUGAUUUUUUUUUGUUCUUUUUCUACUUGUCAUUUUACAAUUUUAUUUAAAUGUAAUAAUAAUAAGAUAAUGCAUAAUUUGUAAAAUAGUGCUACAGUGUUAAUUAACAAUUAUUGUUUUUUUUGUAUUUUUUAUUUAAUUUAGAAUUUAAGGUGAAAAUGUUUUUGCAUAUACGACGAAUCGACAAGCAAUAUUAC